AUGAAAUUCAUCUGUGCUUAUUACUUGCUGCCUCUUUUUCCUGCACUAGUCUUCAGCACUAGACAGGGCUACGAAGAACUGGAGAGACAGCUGAAAGAAGUCUUUAAGGAAAGGAGCAAUAUCCUUCGUCAAUUGUCGAAGACUUCUAAAGAACUUGAGGGAAUUAAAGUAAACCUCCAGUCUUUGAAAAAUGAUGAAGCAUCAGCCAGAGGUGAUGUGCAGAAACUGCUGGAACUGGGCCAAAAGCAAAGGGAAGAAAUGAAAUCUCUUCAGGAGGCCUUUCAAAAGCAGCUUAAUGAGGCAGCUGAGAAAGCAGAAAAGCAGCAAGCUACCAUUAACUUUUUGAAGACUGAAAUGGAAAGGAAAAGCAAAAUGAUCCGUGACCUCCAAAAUGAGAACAAAAGCCUCAAAAACAAGCUUCUGUCAGGAAACAAGCUUUGUGGUAUUCAUGCAGAAGAGUCAAAAAAGAUUCAAGCCCAGCUGAAAGAGCUUCGAUAUGGGAAAAAAGAUUUGAUUUUUAAGGCACAACAGCUAACAGAUCUGGAGCAGAAACUAGCAGUUGCAAAGGAUCAGUUGGAAAAGGCAGCACUUGACAAAGAGUCACAGCUGAAAGCUCUGAAGGAAACUGUGCAGCUUUGCCUGUCUUCAGUUCUGCACAAUCAGCCUCCUGCUAUGAAUCGAAUGCCUACAAAACCAGCUGCGAAGCUGACACCCCUAGCCACAAAGGGCUCAAAUGUUCCAUUUCAAGUGACAAGCACCAAGCAAAAUGCCUCAGCAGAGAAAGAGAAUCUUCACAUGACCUCAAGAAAGGAAGAAAAUCAGAGCAUCCAGGAGUGCAAUUCUCGAGAUGUCGGAAAGACAUGUUUGGGGAAUCGCAAUAAUUCAACAUCUCAUUUGAAGACAGCUGAAACAGAGAUAAGCUUUCAGCAGAAGUUGCACAGCCCUCCGUGGACUAAACCUGAAGAUAAAAAAUCAUCUGAGAGAAAUGAGAAAAAAAAUGAAGAAUCUGUUAGUACAAAAGAAAAAAAAAAAUAAAUGCUACUAAUAUACAUGUAAUAAUGUUCAUUACUUGCUUUCAUGUUCAUAUUAUUUUUAGUCCAGAGGCAUGAAUAGUACCAGGUUUAUAAAGCAUGCAUUUUUCACUAUUUUAUGAAUGUUUGUAAAUUAGUCUAGAAUAGACCAAUUAGUACCUUUCAGCAAUAAUCCAAAAUGGAUAUUUGAAGAAAUGCUUUGUAAUACAGUCCAGUUUUUGAACUAUUAUUCUACUUGAUUAGUAAUUGCAUAUUAUAAAUUAGUUUCUUUGUAAAAAGAAAUUACCAUUCUCAAGUAUUUUCUCAGUCUGUUCUAUUUCAUGUACAUUUAUGGCAAGUUAGGUUGUAGAUCAAGAAUUAAAGGGUAGCUAACGUGAAAAAAAAUCUGUGUAAACAUAGAUGAAGUACGAUGCAGCUCGUAAGA